AGUUUGACUAGAUGGAAACCUGAUUAUGAUUCCGCAGGUGCUGCCUAUGAAAAAGCAGCAGCAAUUUUCAAGGCUUUGAAACAGCCAGCAAAAGCCAUUUCUUGUUAUACAAAUUGUGGUGAUUGUUUCUACAAGUGUGGAAUAUACUACAAAUCAGGACAAGGUUUUGAGAAUGCAGCAAAUAUUUGUAAAGACACUAAAGAUUUCGGUAUGGCAGUUGAAUUGUACACUAAAGCAUCAAAUUCUUAUUUGGAUGAUGGUAAGGGUAAUAGAGCUGGAGAGGCCCUCACCAAGGCAGCUAAAAUGUUAGCAGAUAACGGAAAUAUCCCACAAGCUAUCGAGCUUUACAAGAGUGCUGUUGAAAGCUUAUCUAUGGGAGGAACAUAUCAUAAUGCCAUGUCGACGUAUAGAGGCUACAAUGACUUUUUGAUCAGAAAUUCUCAAUGGGAAGAGGCAAUUUCAAAUUGUUUGGAAAUGAUUGUUGGAUACAAGGCCCUCACACAACAUGAUAAUGUCAACAAAACCUGUACAUCAAUUAUCCUCAUUUGCCUUAAAAUGGACGAUUACGUAAGAGCUGAUGAGUAUCAUAAAAAGUUCCAAUCAGAACACAAUUCUUAUGGAACAUCAAAGGAGAGCGAUAUCAGUGAAGACUUUUUGGAUGCAUUCGAGAGGAUGGAUAGUACUGCUUUGGAAACUGCUAAGCAAAAUCAUCACCUCAAAUACUUGGAAGCAACAGUUUACAAGAUGGUGUCAAAAUUAACACUCUCUGGAGGAAUUGAAUUAUCUUCCCAAACCAGAAAACCAAGACAACCAAAACCAGUAGAUGCUAAAAAGAAGAGUCUUUUGAGUCAUGAUGAAAAUUCAGAAGAAGACUCAGAUUCAGGCGAUGAGCAGCAACCUGUUGAAGAAGAUAAUGCCGAUGAUGCUUUUGAUCCAACUGAUUUGACUUAG